CUCUCAACACCCAUUAGUUCUCACAUAAAUCGUGUUCUUCCUACUGCUAUGGCCAACCAAUUUCUCGGCUCAUCUGAAUUCUCUCUCCUCUGUUUCUCCGCCGCAAUCGCCGCCGCUAACGCCGACGUCUCCAUUCGUCGCUCUCUUCACUUCUUCUGUGGUCUUUGAAACAAUUGGAAUUUGGAACAAUGGGGGAUGCAAUUGACUUAACUGGUGAUGGUGGUGUUCUGAAGACUAUUUUAAGGCGGCCAAAGGAUGAUGCUGAUGGGCCAACAGACGAUCUUCCUCUUGUGGAUGUACAUUAUGAGGGUACCCUGGCUGAAACGGGUGAAAUCUUUGAUAGUACACAUGAAGACAAUACUAUUUUCUCAUUUGAGAUUGGGAAGGGCAUGGUGAUCAAGGCAUGGGAUGUUGCUGUCAAAACUAUGAGGGUUGGGGAAAUAGCUAAGAUUACUUGCAAGCCGGAGUAUGCAUAUGGAACUGCAGGGUCUCCCCCAGAUAUUCCUCCAGAUGCAACCCUUAUAUUUGAGGUGGAGUUGGUCAAUUGUCGACCACGCAAGGGUAUGAGUGCCGGCGGUGCUGCAGAUGAGAGGGCCAGGCUUGAGGAGUUGAGAAAGCAGAGAGAGAUGGCAGCUGCAGUGAAGGAAGAAGAGAAGAAGAAGAGGGAGGAAGCUAAAGCAGCAGCUGCUGCUCGUAUCCAGGCGAAGCUGGACGCAAAAAAAGGCCAGGGGAAGGGAAAGGGUAAAGCAAAAUAGGUAUUGUUCCUGGUUUUCAGUAGCCCUCCUUCCGACAGGUAGAACAUAUUUACUGAUAUUCAGUUUUGAUCAUAACCUGGAUAGAUUAUUGGGGUGCUGUCGAUCCAGCACUUCAUCCAACAUAUUCUGUUAGCAAGUCUAUGGAUUCAGUGUCAGAUAUUUUAAUAAUCUUUUGUAGUGUUGAACUAUUGAUGUUUUCCUCUUGAAAAAUGCAUGAGAUUCAAAGUUUACAA